AUGACAGAUAUAUUUACAAAAUGGCCAGAAGUAGCUGAAAUGAAAAUAUUGAACAGUGGUUCGGUUAUUGAAAAGUUAAGAGAGAUAUUUGCUAGGUUUGGAUUACCGAACAAAAUUGUGUCAGAUAAUGGACCGCAAUUUAGAUCAGAGGAAUUUAUACAAUUUUGUAAAAAUAAUAUGAUUAGGUUUGUAACGUCCCCUCCUUAUCAUCCGGCUAAAAAUGGAUCGGCAGAAAAUGCUGUUAAAUCUUUAAAAAAUGAAAAAAAUAAGUAUGUAAAAAGAUUUAGAAAAGUAUAUUUUAAAGAAGGAGACAUAGUUUAUGCUAGGGAUUAUUCCAACCCUAAUAAAAAAGAGUGGAAGAAAGGAACAGUCGAAGAAGUGUUAGGUGAUAGAAUAUAUUUAGUUAGAUUAGAAAAAGGAAAUGUGAUAUGGAGGAGACACGUUGACCAACUAAUAGAAGUAGGUAAGAUAAAUGAAAAGAGUUAUGAAAUAGAAGAAAAUGAGAAAGGAGAAGAACAAACAGAACUGGAGGAAAAGAAAAUUAAUGAGGUAAAAGAAGAAGCUUUUGAUAAAAAAAAAUAUGAAAUAAAUGAAAGUUUAGAAAAGGAAGUAGAAGUUCCUUUACCAAAAAGAUCUAAGAGAAAAAGAAAAAAACCAGAUAGGUUGAACAUAUAA